CUUGUACAACUAUACUACUACCGCACGGUUCUCAUCGCCAGACUUGUCACAAUCACUGUCGGAUCCGAUAGAGGAGUACAUGGUCGCGAUAUCACGUUCACCAUGUCGCUGAAAUACCUCCUUCCGGCCAUUCAGUCACGUCCAGAAGCCAUCAAGAUCAGCGAAAAUGAAUUCGAGAAACUGCUUACGGAUGUCAUUUCCAUCGGUCGGGAGAAAGUCCCCCCGCAAAAGGCUCAUGACGAAUUCUUGAGUGGCUGCGAACGGAUGUUGACAGAUAUUACCAAAGCAUACCCGAUAGAAGCUGAACCGUUCAUGAAACCCGUUACGAAAAAGAUUGCUCCCGAUUACGACAAAGUCAUCUCUGAACCCAUGGAUAUUGGUACGAUGCAAAAGAAGAUCAGGGCCAGGGAAUACCGAAACAAAGCACAAUUCGCGAGGGACCUGACGUUGAUCUGGGAGAACUGCUUGAAGUACAACGCCGACCCACAUCCGGUCAGGAGUCAUGCGACUUUCAUGCAGCGGUUGGCGAACCAUCAUUUGAGGUACUUGCCGGACAAGAGCGAUGUAGCGAACGCCCUCAAUCCCGAGUAUGGGAUGGCUGCGAAGAAAGGGGCAGCCGGGAAUGGGGAUGCUGGUGCUGGAGGCUUGGGUGUCGGUGCUGCGGGGAUAAAUCGAGAGGCGGAAGGUGCAGGCGAUUCGGCUGGAGUCGACGGUAUGACCGGCUUUCGUCCGCCAGCCAUCUCGGUCGCCAAGACUCAAGCCAUCUUGAGCGACGGCCAGUCAUUGUUGAACAACCGUAAACGGCUCGGAUCGACUUCGGUAACAGCGCUGCCGGAAGUUCCGAAACGAAGGAAGUUGGAGGCUCCCGCUUGGUUUCCCUCGGAAACGGUCACCUCUACCGAUAUAGGACAGGACGAUGAAGCUUGGUGGGCCGAGCUUGCCCCCGUCGGCUCAGCCUUGCCCUCCAUACCUGCGCCGGCAUCUGCUAUAUCAGCAUCGACAUCAUUAGCGGCUGCCGCGCAAGAACGUCCACCCCGCCCGAGCGAGUCCUUGUCACACCGGAUAAGUCAGAACAUCGCGCUCAUGCAGGGGAUGAGGGAGACGGCUUCGCUCUUGUCUGCACUUGCAAAUGGGAACAUCGAAGAUCAUCCUGCCGCUGAGAAGGAUCUCAGGGACCAUUCAAUUAGGGUGAGAGAGUUCAAGCGGGCCAGGACGAGGUCGGAAAGGGUGGUAGAUGAAGGGGUGGCUGCAAGCCAGUUGAGGUUGGCCACGGGAGUCAUGUUGAGUCAUGCUGGUUUCGAAGGCUGCAACUCGAUGGCUCUGGAUUUCGUUAGCCGGAUCGCCUCGGACUAUUUGAUGGGGCUCGGCAAGACGGCGAGAUUGCUCGCCGACCGGGUCAGCCAGGUGGAUCAGGUCUCUGCCUCGAGCCUGAUCGAAAAGGUGCUCGGGAACAAUGGCAACGUGACAACGAGAGAACUAGACGAUUAUGUUCAGGACGACAUCUUCAGGUAUGGUGCCAAGUUGGACGACAUGCACAAGAAGCUUCGGCAAGCCUUGGACGAGCAGGUCGAACCGGAUGAGGAUGACGACGAGAUUGGGGAGGAUGAAUUGAUGUUCGGCGGGAUGCCGGGGAUGGGCGAUAUGGAGGACUUUCUGGGCUUGGGAGGGAUGGGAGCGAUCCCCAAGAAACUCUUACGGGACCGAAAAUCGAAAGCCAAGUCCGAGCCGAAAGAACCCGAAGCGCCUCCCUUGGAAUAUCCGGGUCCACCACCAUUCAUCCCGCUUACACCACAAGAUAUCCCAUUUCAUAUCGGAAUCUUGCGGCCGUUCUACCUCGAAAAGGUCGCGCAAGCUCGUGCUCAAGCUCAAGCUACGGCCGAGAAUGCCGAGACAGAUGCAACUUUGGGUCAACCCGUGGUACCCGAUCAGAACAUGGACAUAGACUCCUCAUCAAUCGCGCUGGCAGAUCAAGAGUGGGAUCCGACCAUGACGCAGUUAGGCGCCUUCGGUCAGGUCAUCGUCAGGAACGUCGGUGGAGGGGCAAAGAAAGUUCAGGACAAAAAGGAAGAAAGGAAAGCCAAACGGGAAAAGAAACGAGCUGCAGGGUGAGUCACGAUGCUGUAAGGGAACGACCAGUCUAAAGAUUACAGAAUUGACCGCACUGCUGG